CGCCUCAAUCAUCAUCCCCCAAGCAGAGCAGACCCAAGGACGGACGCGACCUAAACCUCCGGCGAGGACCGAGCAAAACCCUAGCAGGCAGAUCGGCGCCGAGAGGAGGGUCCCGAGAUGCAGAUCUUCGUCAAGACCCUCACCGGGAAGACCAUCACGCUCGAGGUCGAGAGCAGCGACACCAUCGACAACGUCAAGGCCAAGAUCCAGGACAAGGAAGGCAUCCCCCCAGACCAGCAAAGGCUAAUUUUUGCUGGAAAGCAGUUGGAAGAUGGGCGCACAUUGGCUGAUUACAACAUCCAGAAAGAGUCCACUCUCCAUUUGGUGCUGAGGCUCAGGGGUGGAACUAUGAUUAAGGUAAAGACACUUACCGGGAAGGAAAUCGAGAUUGACAUUGAGCCCACUGACACAAUCGAUAGAAUCAAGGAACGUGUGGAGGAGAAAGAGGGAAUUCCACCUGUUCAACAGAGGCUCAUCUAUGCUGGGAAGCAACUUGCUGAUGACAAAACUGCCAAGGACUACAACAUUGAAGGAGGUUCAGUGCUCCAUCUUGUGCUUGCUCUGAGGGGUGGUCAGUAGACGCAGCUUCAUUGUGUGCCCUAUAUUCCAUUUCUACCAGAAGUUGCUGCAGACUUAGAGCUGUGUAAUUCCCGGUUGAUUAAAGUACCAUGUGUAUCACAUUGUGAAAUCGGCUGUCAUAUGUACGGGAAAUGUUUGAACUCUA